AUGCUCCCCAACGUCCCCGCCGAGAGCCCUGCCUCUCGAAGGCUCGCGGACCUGGAAGACCGAGCCCGAGCCGAGCCGAAGCACCAACUCGUACGCGUCCAGGGCACUAUUGUGCUGUCGCGCUGCGAGCUCGCGCCCAAGGUGCGCGCCGAGAUGGAGGCUAUUGUGGCCCCGACCGAGAUCCUUUUCGUCACGUGGAGGGAGCGGUUGAACAAGGUCGACGUGAACCUCAAGCGCGGCGCUGGCGGCAUCUUGCGGGUCGAGAUGGCGCAGGGCAGCCCUACGGGCAUCCCGUUGAUCCGGAACCGGGUCGAGUUCCGAAUCCAAAGGAAGGACGCGAAAACCGUCAUCGAACCGGCAACAGAGGAGAUGGUGGGCAACACAAUGGUGUGGCACCUGCCCGGCAACGCUGCCGUCCCCAAGGGAGAGGCUCUCUGCGUGGAAGUGGUCUCCAACGGCCAGAUCCUCGCGCAGAUCGACUCCGGCUUGGACCGGGUCCGCAACGAACAAUAUGAUACGAACGAUGUGGAGGGAUGGCAAGCCGGGGACGACGUCGCGGCCCUUAAAGAAGCCCAGGACGCCAAGAAGGAGGGCGCCAAGUCCCGCCUGACGACCGAGCCGGAUGUGGCUGCUGGAUACUUUGCUGUGUGCCGUGAGUACACGCCCAUGGGGAUAAAUGCAAAACCAAUCGAGAGACAGACGCCUGUGGGCUCGGCCACGGUCGCUGCUCCGAGCCAGAGCGUCUACCAGACUAUGUACAAGAGCAUAUUCGACAGGAAACAGACGGCAAGCCCAUUAGAUGCCGGUGGCGCAGGGAGUCAGAGACCCAAGAGGGCGGGGAACGUGUUUUACGUUGCUCUCAGACACGGACACCUCAUGCUCUUUGACGAUGAGGAGCAGCUCGAAGUUCGCCAUGUCAUAUCCCUCACGCACUACGACAUCAGUAUAUAUUCCGGUGGCGACGUUACCCCGGAAGGGGAGCUUUACAUAAAACGAAACGCGAUAUGUCUCUCGAAGAAAAGCGAUAUUCCCGACCUUUCCGCCACCGAUGCCUUAUCUUCCAAACCAUUUUAUCUAUUUUCCGAAAACUGCUCCGCAAAGGAAGACUUUUACUUAGCACUUCUCCGAAAUAAAGAACAAUCACUCGGGCCUGAUAGCGCCGAGGCGCCUGUCCCACUCCAGUACGAAGUGGGCGACGUCAUCUCUCUUGUUCAACGACUUCAUUCGACAGAGGACCACAUGCAAACUAGGUGGCUCAAUGCCUUUAUCGGGAGGAUCUUCCUCUCUUUGUAUAAAACCUGCGAGUUGGAGAAUAUCAUUCGCGAGAAACUUACCAAGAAGAUCUCUCGAGUAAAACGUCCUUCCUUUCUAUCUCACAUCGUUAUCCGUGAUAUCCACACGGGUAACUCGGCUCCUUUCAUUUCAAACCCGAAGCUCAGAGAGCUCAACGUGGACGGUGAAUGCGUAGUAGAAGCGGACAUUAAAUACACCGGUAACUUCCGAAUCGAGGUUACCACAACAGCACGCAUUGAUCUAGGAACCCGCUUCAAAGCGCGCGAGGUCGAUCUCACUCUUGCCGUCGUCCUUCGCAAGAUUGAGGGCCGAGCUCUUUUCAAAAUCAAGGCGCCGCCGAGCAACCGUUUCUGGUUCUCCUUCCAGACCAUGCCCAAGAUGGAGAUGCACGUCGAGCCUGUCGUCAGCUCCCGCCAGAUUACACAAAAAUGGCGUGGCGGCAUCUGGGCCACCGAUAAUGAGUCCCGCUCGCCACCUUCGGAGCAUGUGAUUGAUGCGCCAACCAUCAGCGAUGAGCAUGGUCAUAAUGUUCAGUACGCGCUCGACAUGUCCGACCCAAAACAUCCGACGAUGAUAGAGAAGGAAGAUUCCGAUUCCCUCCUAUCAGCCAAGAGCCCCACUGCGAGUCUUUUUAGUCGCAAGCUCAACAUCAUGUCCGGAGCCGGGAGCCCAAGAGCCUCUACCACGAGCUUCGAAUCUCCACAACACUCUCCGGCAGUGGCGCACGCGUGGCCAGCCCCGUCGAGAGCUCCAGUCGAUGUGGCGGCUCCAUCUGAAGUGACCAAGACGGAGCAUGCUGUCGGCAUUAGAGAGAUGCCGAGUUCCUCCGCCAUCCAAACUUUAUCCGCUAUCGCCAGUUCCCCUAAACCAGAGUCACCGCUAGCUUCCCCUAUCAAACCACCACCUCCUGUUGCCAAGGCGCAUUCCGGAACCUCGAUCCACGACGACCCUGAGAGAGGAGAUCCCAAGAUUACGCCGGCCCGGUCAGGCUCCAUCUCACGAGGAUUCUUCCGCCGAGAGGACACAGGCGCAACGCUUGGAAGUGCAACAUCGUCCUCGGCAAGCACCCACACGAAUGGCUCCACUGUCAAGACCAACACGCUCGCCGCCGUCAGCAACGCAGCUCUCCAGGCAAGGCAAUGGGGCCUCAACGCGUUGCAGCGCCACAGGGACGCCAAAAACGAGCAGCAGAAACAGAACCACCACACUAACCAUGGCGACGGCCACUCUUCGCACGUCGAUCUGAGCCAGCCUAUGGAAGAUCAGCACCAGCCUGUUUCAGAGAGCGUGUUAGUCGUUGCGGCCCCGUCGGACUCGGAGCCGGGGACCCCUGCCGGCGAGGUAUUUCCUCCUCUCGAAACGGCGACGAAGCAGGGAAAAUCGGCUCCAGCUGUAGAGCAGAAGACGGAACGAACGCAAGAACAUAGCGGGCCCUCUUCGCUAGCGACGGAGACUGCAGUUGCUGACGAUGGCGGUGAUAUUAGCAGCGGAGAAUCCUCUCCUAGGUCACACCCAAGUUCCUUGCUACCCACUGCUGAGGAGGGGGACACUCCAAGGCUUCAGCAGGAUGAAGACGACGGUUACUCGGGAUGGAUGGACGAUAAUCUAAAAUUUGAAGACGAGGCAGUGGACAAUAAUGCUACUGUGAUUGCAGAAACUAAUCUGUUCUGA